AUGGACGAGGAUAGUUUGCUUCUAGACGAUUCUGACUCUCCGGAAGACGUACAAAAGCGAGUUUUCUCUCUCGUGAAGUUAUUGGCGGCGGGAGAGGUUCCAGAGCUCACGGAGAGGGAUGUGGAAAAUGUAGAGGAAACACUCAAAAAAGCACAAAAUGGUUUAAAACUCGCGAAAAAGUCGAUGCUAACCGAUGAGGACAUUUUAAAAGUCGAAAAUCUCAAUUUCUUGUCUCCAAACCCAAAUCUAGUGAAAUCGAAUGUGAAACGUUCGAAGGUACCGUCAUUUUCAUCGCUAGAUGAGCUGGAUUACGAGGAAUCUUUGGACGGAUUGGAGAUUGAUGAAGACGACGACGAUCUUGCCAGUAAAAAGGAGAAAGGAGAGCCACAAAGUUUCCUAGAAUCGCCAGAAGCACCGUCACCUCAUAAGAAACGCAAAAAUACUGGCUUAAAAAUCAUGGAAAAUCGUUUGGAGAGAAAAAGUGUGAAGGCCGAUGAAUCCGACGUCAUUUUCCUAUCAUCGGACUCAGAUUCUUCUGACGAUAUGCCUCAAAAACGACAAAAGAUAGUUUUUGAUACGAGAAAGAGCGUGAAACAGGAGGAAUUGGGCAGUGAGGGAGACGAUGAGGAUGACGAGUUGGGCAAUGUGUCAAGAGCGAAUUUUUUGAAGAAAUUGACAAAGGAUGAGCCGUACCUCAAACUGCGUGCAUCCCAAUUAAAGUGCACCUCCUCAAAAGUCGGCCUCACCUACCCGCUCGGCGUCACUUAUGACAGUCCCACGGAGACGUGGUUCGUCACAAACAUACCGCAUCAUUUGGAAGGGGACGGUGUGCCGGGUGAAUCGAAAGUGCUGAAAAUCUACACUGGAAGCGAUAGAAGACGUUCGAAAUACACUGAUAUAGAGGACUCGCUGCUCGACAACCCAUCAGCGAUCACCAUCUAUAAGGACGGUUCAAUGGUAGCUGUGCUGUGCUCCGAUGUGUAUAACAGACCCUCGAUUCGUCUUAUAAACUUCCGAAGAGACGAUAGCGUCAGCAAUUUCUGCUCCUGGAAGUACACAGAGCUCGAUUUCAACUACCCGGCUCGCGGGUUGGCUCGAUCCAAAGGAGGCAAUUUGAUCACGACGGAUCGCCCCGCCCAGCAGCAUCCCAGAUUGCGCAUUUUCUCCAAGAAAUCCGGAACAGCUGAGCAAUUGACGUUCCAGCUGAAGAAUGCAGACAUACCAUGCUUUAUCGCGGCUUCUGAUGACACUGUAGUUAUCACUGAUUUGGGAGCCGUACAGACUGUGAUGCUCAUUCGGCUCGAUGAUUCGGAUUGGAAGAGAACCAAGUAUGAGAUGCUCAGAAUCAUAUCUACGGCCGGAGUCAGCUGCUCCGCUGAGGAGAUGCUCAAUAACAGUACUUCCUGUACCCCGGGAAUGAAGUUUGUGAGUCGAGUCUCUACGGACUUCCCGGUUCCAUACGUCUCGUCGUUUCAUGUCAAUCAGCAUGGAGAGUGUCUCAUCCUCUCAACGCGUGAAACUUCAAAAGUGCAUUUCGCCAAGCUGACAUCAACGAAUCGCCUCGAAAGACACAUCAAAUCGGGAUGCGGCAAACGGGUCGGCGCGAAGACCCUGCUGAGCAGUUCCAGAAGACGUCAGACCUAUAAAAAUGGAAUUUAG